AUGAAGAUGCUAAGAGGCAUCCUUCUGCCUGGCACAAUCUCCAAGAGGACUGCAUCUCUAAAUGUGAGGACUUGGCUGGGAGACUCAGAGGACCGCACGUGGGUGUGGGUGCAGACCACGUGCCCGGGGCAGAGGAAACUGCCCAAAGUGGCUGCUGUGGAGGAGCUGGCGGUGGAGAAGGAGGCCCUCACGCCAGCUCCCCACCGCCCGCGGGCCCAGCUCCACACCCUCGGAAAACCCACGCGCCGCGACGAGCGUGCCAUGAACUCAGACGAGAGCCCUGGCGACAAGCAGAAGAGCGGCCGGGCGGGCAGCUGCGGCGGGGGACGUACCGCGUCGGCGCCCGGAGCCCGAGCCGUGAGCGCGCUGUGCCUGCUGCUUUCCGUGGGCUCAGCGGCCGCCUGCCUGCUGCUGGGCACCCAGGCUGCCGCGCUGCAGGGCCGGGUGACGGUGCUCGAGGAGGAGCAGGAGCUGUUGCGGCAUGCGGGUCCGCCCGACGCCCUGGCUGCCUGGGCAGAGCAGCACCUGGAGCGCCUGCUGCGCGAGAAAUUGGAGGGACUAGCCAAGCUGCGGACAGUUCGGGAAGCUCCAUCUGAGUGCAUCUGCCCCCCAGGUCCCCCUGGACGGCGUGGCAAGCCUGGACGAAGAGGCGAUCCUGGUCCUCCGGGGCAAUCAGGACGAGACGGCUACCCGGGGCCGCUGGGUCUGGACGGCAAGCCUGGACUCCCAGGCCCCAAAGGGGAAAAGGGUUCACCAGGAGACUUUGGCCCCCGGGGAGACCAAGGGCAGGAUGGAGCUGAUGGGCCCCCAGGGCCUCCUGGUCCCCCUGGAGCUCGGGGUCCUCCUGGCGACACUGGGAAAGAUGGCCCCAGGGGAUCACAAGGCCCAGCGGGCCCCAAAGGAGAGUCCGGACAAGAAGGCGAGAUGGGCCCAGAAGGACCCCCGGGGCCCAAGGGUGAGCCUGGCAUUCCUGGAAAGAAGGGGGAUGAUGGGACACCAAGCCAGCCAGGGCCUCCUGGACCCCCAGGGCCCAAGGGUGAGCCAGGGAGCAUGGGUCCCCAAGGAGAGAAAGGCGUGGAUGGCGCCCCGGGCCCAAAGGGGGACCCCGGCCACCGAGGCACAGAUGGCGCCGCAGGGCCCCGGGGCCUGCCGGGCUUCAAGGGUGAGCAAGGAGACACUGUGGUGAUUGACUAUGAUGGCAGGAUCUUGGAUGCCCUUAAGGGUCCUCCCGGGCCACAGGGGCCCCCAGGGCCACCAGGGAUCCCCGGAGCCAAGGGAGAGCUCGGACUGCCUGGUGCCCCUGGAAUCGACGGAGAGAAGGGUCCCAAAGGACCAAAAGGAGACCCAGGAGAGCCCGGGCUGACUGGACCCAAAGGGGAAGCAGGCGAGAUGGGCCUGUCUGGCCUCCCGGGCAUCGAUGGCCCCAAGGGGGAGAAGGGAGAGCCGGCACCGGACACCCUACAGGACAGCCUGGCCCAGAUCAUAGUGGAACCAGGGCCCCCCGGGCCCCCUGGGCCCCCAGGCCCCAUGGGCCUUCAGGGAAUCCAGGGUCCCAAGGGCUUGGAUGGAGCAAAGGGAGAGAAGGGCGUAUUGGGCGAGAGAGGCCCCAGCGGCCUGCCUGGUCCAGUCGGCCCACCCGGCCUCAUUGGGCUGCCAGGAACCAAAGGAGAGAAGGGCAGACCUGGGGAACCAGGACUGGACGGUUUCCCUGGACCUCGAGGAGAGAAAGGGGACCGGAGUGAGCGUGGAGAGAAGGGGGAGCGAGGAAUCCCUGGCCGGAAAGGAGUGAAGGGCCAGAAAGGGGAGCCAGGACCACCUGGCCUGGACCAGCCCUGUCCUGUGGGCCCCGACGGGCUGCCGGUGCCCGGCUGCUGGCAUAAGUGAUGCCAGCACCCAGCUUACAACCUGUACCAAUCCGUGUGGAUGCUUUUAAUUUUUGUAAAAACGAAACAGUAAUAUAUUGAUCCUUUUCAUGGGAUGCCACUACCUGUGGCCAUUCCCAUCAGAGAGUGUGCCCGGCUCAGCCUCAGAAGGAUAAGCCUGCACCGCUGGCAGGAGUGUGGAGGGACGAUGCAGGGGGAGCACCCGCCGGACGUGGCUUUCCUGGGAAGGAGACAAUGGUGAUGGUACCUGGUUCCGGUGAGGCUGGGAACACGCCGGCUGGGCCUUCAGUCACCUGAUUAGCCAAGACUCACAGCUGCCCACUGCCCUGCAGAGCCUGCCCCCUGACACUCCGGAGCCCUGGCGCCCCACCCUGCCCACCAAGCCCAGGGCUUGUUGGCAGCCACUCUGGUUUCUCCCACCUCUAGACUCAGCCACUGCCAGCUGCCCACCCCUCAGCCUCCCAGACCCUGGAAGCACCAGGGCCAGACAAGACUCCCACCAGCACUUGCAGCUGGACACUGGAAGCACCCCUGAGUGGGUCUGGCUCCCGCCGGUGGCCUAGGUCAGUGGGCCUCGGGCAGCCAGCCUUCACUGAGAACACUGCUCUGGCUGGGAGUCAUGGCCAUGUGCCAUGAUAACUGGGAUGUGGGCCCAGCUGCAGGUACCCCAGCGACCUCCAAAUGCGGAUGUUGGAGGGUCCCAGGCUGCUGUUCCUGCCUCUCCCACACCACCCAGGUCAUGGGUGUGAGGGCACUUUGCAGGCCUGAGGACCCCAGCCUCUGGCUCAGGAUUGGGUCUCGUUGGUCCCAAGUCUGCAGCCUAGGAGAACUCUGGGCAGUGCUGAAACAGCCCCGCCCCUGGUGAGAUGUGCUGAUGAAGCAAACUACCGGCCUGGUCCGCAGCCAGCCUGAGCAGGUUAUGAGACCUGGGCGGCCUACACUCAGACAAGAGGCUUUUCCACCUCUGACAAGGGUCCCAGUCACCAGCUCCGCCCCCCCGCCUCACCUUCCAUCUGUGUAGCUGGACAUUUGCUGCAUGUAAUAAACCACAAAUAUGUGUCUGGAUGUGCCUGUCCUUGCAGACUGCCUCCAGGUCCCUUUGGGUGAGGAUUCAGCCCAGUACCAUCUCAGUCUGGCCAUUGCUUGGGGGUAGAAAGGGAAUUCUCCCUAAGUCACCCAAAAAACCACAGAAGGUAGUUCAGGGUCCGGGCAAAAGAUGUUGUUAGGGUUGGGUAGACCCAGACUCCCAGCCUGGCUCUGCCAUGUCCCAGCUAAGUUGCCUGGCCCAUCACUUCACAACCUCGAGCCUCUGUGCUCAUCUGUUUGGUAACCAGUGACUGCUAUGUAACAAAUCACCCCAACACUUCUUGCCUUAAACAACAAUCACUUCUACUUCUCAGGCAGUUCUCCCUCUAGCUUUCUCAUGCAGCUACAGGGAAAUGGCUGGGGCUGGAUUCUUCUUGAAAGCUUCCUUGCUCCUAUGUUCUGGCAGUUGACACUGGCUGUCAGCUGGGAUCUCAGAUGGCCAGAACACCUCCCAUGACCUCACCACAUGGUUUAGCCUUCCUCACGGCAUGGAGGCUCAACGCUAAGGGUAACUGUCCCAAGUGGGCAAGCUGGAAGCUGUGUCACCUUUUAUGGCCAAGCCUCAGAAGCUACAUGGUGUCACUUCCCACCAGGGUCAGAGGUUCACCUAGCCUCAAGGCGAGGGAGCUAGACCCCACCUCUCAAUGGGAAGAGUGUCAUCAUUAUGUUUUAAGGAGAAUAUGUGGGAGAGUAGAUCUUGUUGCAGCCAUCUUGGAACAUUCAACCUGCCAUCUCCUCUGUAAAUGAGAUACUGGUUGGGUGAGGGUCCAGUGCAGUAGAAUACGCCAAGAACUUAGGCCAGGUCAGAUGCCUCGAUGCUCCCAUGAUUCUUAGUCCUCUCUUGCAGAGCAUUUCCAGUUUCUCAUCCCAGCCGCUCCUUAUAACAACUCAGAGAGAAGGACCCACUGAAUGUGCCAAUUUCACAGAUGGUAAAGCUAAGCACACCCAGGGAGGUGUAGCUAAGGAAGGGCCUACAGUGAUGGUGUCUCAGGCCUUUACCCUCCAAGGACUGGGGCCUAAGGAGGGCCACAGUGUGAGCAGUACCCCCAGACUCCUGCCACAAAGCCUCCCCACUAGCAGAAGAGGCUCAAGCAUACACGGGCUCUAACGGGGAGAAAUAUGUCAAAUCUCAUCUCCGUCUCCCUAAGGAGCUACUGAUAACUGCAGGCCAUGCUGCUGGGUCAGGCAUCUGGUCACCAGGGAAGCCAGUCAUACGACAGGGAAGAGAAACAGUGGGACUGUGAUGAUUGGUGGGGCUCACUGGGUGUCAAAGCCUCUGGGGUCCCAUCCUAAGCCUCAAACACCCACUGCAUUUCACUGUUUACAAAUCACUCCUCCUUCCACCCAGUUACCUCACUGGAUCCCCUCAUGCACCCUGUGAAGGAGGAAGGCUGUGUGGUAGGGGUCACCAUUUAAGUUUUACAUGUGGGACAACUAAGGCUCAGAGAGGGUAGUCACUUGCCAGGGGA